AUGGCUAGAGCGAUAGCGUUGUUGGUGCUGCUCUCCCUUUGCGCAAGCACCUUCACACUCACAGUGCCCGCAAAUACUAAUGGGCGGCUCUCGUCUCGCCAGUCGCCGAACCCGUUGCAGGUUCGACAGGAGAUCCAAUCACCACUACUCUCCUGCCCUGCAUCGUCAUGGCCACAUACGAAUCUCGGCACGCGGAUUCAGCCACAAGCUCCCGAUUCGGAACUGCAAAGCAUUCUGUCACAAGUGUCGCCGGCGAACAUCGAGGCGACGAUAUUAAAGCUGGUCUCGUUUGGUACGCGCCAUACACUCUCGUCCCAGACUGACCCGAAGCGCGGGAUUGGCGCGGCGAGGGAUUGGAUAGCUAGCGAGUUCCGCAAGUAUGCUGAGCCCAGCGGCGGGCGGAUGACUGUUGAGGUGCCUGGCUACAUGCAGCAGCCCGACGGCGACCGGGUCCUGUUCUCGGUUCUUCUCAGCGACGUCGUGGCGACACUGAAAGGCAGUGAAGACCCCGAAACGCUCUAUGUCGUCAGCGGCCAUUACGACACAAGAUGCUCCGACCCCUUGGAUUAUGAGUGUGACGCUCCGGGCGCGGAUGACGAUGCAUCCGGUGUGGCGAUCUCGCUGGAGCUGGCUCGUAUCAUGGCCACACACCGGCCAAAAGCGACCAUCGUCUUUGUGGCGGUGGCCGGCGAAGAACAAGGCCUGUACGGCUCUCAAUUUCUCGCCCAGACGUACAAGAACAACAGUGUGAACGUAGCUGGAAUGUUCACGAACGAUAUCGUUGGUUCCUCGACGGCAGAUGACGGGACAAAAGAUCCCUACACCAUCCGUUUGUUCGCCCAAGGACCUCCUCUGACUGAGAACAGUACUCAGCGGGCAACCCGUUUGAACGUCGGGGGCGAGAAUGAUUCUCCAUCCCGUGAAUUAGGGAGGUUCGUCCACGAGGUGGCAGCGAAUGAGUACACUCAGAUGAAUGUGAGUGUCAUCUACCGACUCGAUCGAUACUCGAGAGGCGGAGACCAUCGGCCGUUCCUCGAGGCCGGGUACGCGGCGGCGCGCUUCACCGAGCCAAAUGAGGAUUACAAACACCAGCAUCAGGACGUGAGGGUGGAAGGUGGCGUGCAGUAUGGAGACCUCCCCGAGUUCUGCGAUUUUGAUUUCAUAUCGAGAGUCGGCAAGGUCAACGGGGCCGCGCUUUGGAGCCUGGCGAAUGCCCCUGGCCAACCGACAAACGUAUAUGUCAACACGACUGCAUUGGACAACAACAGCCAGUUCAUCUGGGAGCCACCCCUGGGAGGCGGGAUCGGGGUGACUGGAUACGAAAUCGUCUCGAGGCCCACGACUGCUGCGUUUUGGACGCAUGCUCUUGACGUUGGCGACGUCCUCACCGCCAAAAUUGACCUGAGCAAGGAUAACGUAGUUUUCGGCAUCAGAAGCGUCGGGAAGGGCGGAUACAAGAGUCCCGCCGUCUUCCCAUUCCCGCUCGUGUCAGGCUCUUGA